AUGAGGAAAAGAUUAAAGAAAAGCACCGAGGGACUUCGCAGUUGCAGCUCUCCUUGCUACAAUGACUACGAUCUUUGUUCAGAUUUCAAUUGGGAUCAAGAGGAUAUAUGGACAUAUAUAGCGAAGUUUUUGGAUGGAAAAUCUCUGGCGAAGUUGGCAUUGACGAACAAAUGGUUGCACGGCGUCAUUAUGCACGACAGCGUCUGGAAGUUUGCGUGCUUGCGUGAUCUUCAGGUCCCCGAUCCAUGCCACGUGUCUUGUAGUUGGGUCAAGCUCUACGCUUCUGCUUUUGAUGGGAGCCACUCUUUCUUGUUCCGCCACCAAGACAAGUUUCUAGACUGGAUGCGAAUUGGUGCAUUUCUUUUCCACUCGCAAGAAGCGCUCUUGACUGAUAAGUUCAACUUACCCGUGAAGAUUGUUAAAGGAAAAACUAUAGAGGAUAUGUUGGAGGCCUGCGGAUCAUGCUUGUUGAAAAACAUUAAAACUGGAAUCUGGAUUGCUGAUUUGCAGCUUGUUCGAUGCCCUGCUUGUAAUCUCAAUACAUGCGAAGGAACAAUGCAAAUGCUGGAUGCUAGGCAUAUAGAGCUGUUUCUGAGUGAGGGAUUCCAGGAUGGGAGCUGGAAGUAUGAGUUUAUUGGAUCUCAUAAAAUUGAAAAGAAUGUACAAGGAGCUUCUGCAGCCAUAUUUGAUGUUGAACAUCUCAAGGAUUCUCAAUCAGCAGGAGUCUUUAAUCUAAAUAAAUGGGGAGGGAAACCCAGUGACAUGCAACCAAAGGCUAUAAUCGCUUUCCAUGCAGUUGGAGUCAACACCAAUUUAAAGGAAAAUGAAGCAGGAAUUCUCGUGAAGUACCACAUCAUGAGAGCUGGGGCUAAUGGAGAUAUUGUUUCUAUUAGAAUCUCUCAGCAGCUCCUGUAGUUCUCUUUUCUUACACAUACCAUUUUUUUAUAGCAAAUAUCAGAUACUUUUCUCUUGGAGACAAUUGAAAUGUUAUUUCAAAGU